AUGGACAAGGAGGGAGAGGACAAGAAGGAAGGAGAGGACAAUGAGAGGGACAACGAGGACGAGGGUGAGGAAGGCGCCGAGGGGGAGGCGGGCGAGAGGAGCAACGAUAUCAUCUGCUUAUCUUUAUCGCGGGAACUGCCGCUGACUCGACCUGGCUUUGGCGGCGCUCGUGGGGCCUCCGCGAUCGGUCACUUCGCUCAAGAGGGCCUACGAGACCGCCGACAUAUGCGUGCGUCGGUGUGCUACAAGUGGCAGCAGCAUCGCUACGCCUCGGCCAGCGUCCCACUCAGACCUAUAUCUCAGAGGCUCAUCUCGACCUUAUCUCGAGGAGGACCUUCGCGGGGUCAACGAGUCACAAUACAAAGGGCUUCGAGUUGGAGCAGCAUCGUACGCCGGCCAGCGUCCCCCUCAGACCCAUAUUCCAGAGGCUCAUCUGACUUAUUCGAGGAGGACCUUCGCGGCAAAAGAGUCAAAACAAAGGGCUUCGAGGGUGAGGAGAGGGGGGGGGGGGAGGGGGGGGGAGGGGGGGGGGGGGGAAGGGGGGAGGGGGGGGAGGGAGGGGGGGGGGGAGGGAGGGGGGGAGGAAGAGGAGGGGGGGGGGGGGGAGGGGAGGGAGGGGGGGGGGGGGGGGGAGGGGGGGGGGGGGGGAGGGGGGGAGGGAGAGGGAGGGGGAGGGGGGGAGGGGAGGGGAGGGGGGGGGGGGGGGGGGGGGGGGGGGGGGGGGGGAGGGAGGGGGGGGGGGGAGGGGGGGGAGGAGGGGGGGGGGAGGGGGAGGGGGAGGGGGGAGGGGGGGGGGGAGGGGGGGGGGAGGGGGGGGGAGGGGGAGGGGAGGGGGGGGGGGGGGGGGGGGGAGGAGGGGGGGGAGGGGGGGGGGGGGAGGGGGAGGGAGGGGGGGGAGGGGGGGGGGAGGAGGGGAGGGGAGGAGGGGGGAGGGGGGGGGGGGGGGAGGGGGGGGGGGGGAGGGGGGGGGGGGAGGGGGGGGGGGGGGGGGGGGGGGGGGGGGGGGGAGGGGGGGGGGGGGGGGGGGGGAGGGGGGGGGGGGGAGGGAGCUCGCCUUCUCCUGAUUGUCAAGCCAUGAUCGCGCUCGGGGGCUGCGGUAGUUACGCUGUUAAUGACGGUCAUUGGGGGAUAGUAAUCAGCUCGCCUCUGCCGCGGGAAAAGUCCGGUUGUGAUGAUAAAACUUAA